ACAAUCGUUCCGAAGAGCGGCCAGCACCAAGACAUGGAUGUCGUUGUUCCUCACACACAAUUCAAUCCCUGCUGGGCCAAGUACCACCGCUUCCAGCCCCGUCAGCACAAUAGCAGUUUGGGUGACAUUUCUCCCCCAGCUCUUAUUCUUAUAGAUAUAUUCAUCGUUAACAAUUCCGGUAUGUCUAGUGCGAUCACUGAGCGCCACGCUCCCACUGAUAUUCAUCUAGCCGAACGCUACUUUGUGAAAUUUCUACAACAAAAGCAAACACUCGUACAUACCCUAAAGAAAUUGGUGCGGGGUCUUGCUGCUAGUAAGACCUAG